AUGGCGUGGGUUUCCUGGGACAGAAUGGCCACACCCAAGUGUGUUGGAGGAUUAGGCUUUAAGGAUUCGGAAUCAUUCAAUGACUCCUUACUAGCUAAAUUGGGAUGGCGUAUCAUGAACAAUCCGGAAGCUUUACUUUCACAGGUCUUAAAAGGCAAGUACUUUCCAGACUGCUCCUUUAUGGAGAGCACGCAGAAGCAAACCGCAUCGCAUGGCUGGACAGGAAUAAUGGAAGGCAAGGAAGUCCUAAAAAAAGGGUUAGGCUAUUUGGUAGGGGAUGGAGAAAAUAUUUCGGGGUGGUAUGACCCGUGGCUCUCCAUAUCAAAACCCCUAAUCCCCAUUGGUCCGCCAACACUUGAAAACCAACAGCUCAGAGUGAGAGACCUCCUCCUUCAAGAGUCUAACGAGUGGAAUUGCCUAUGGUGCGAUUGCAUUUACCUCAGUAUGAGGAGCUUAUCAGACAACUAA